CACAAUUUUGAUUUCCGUCUCACCCGAGUGCUAUAGCACCUUAAUUUCAUUCAGCGUCCACUGUUUUGAAUCCCGAAAGAGAAAAUGGGAUGUUUACUACGGUUCACUCAGUCUGUGUCUUUAAUUUUGUUUCUCUUGCAUUUUAAUCCAACAGUUUCGUCAUCCUUGUCUUCAAACUUCUCCUCUUCAACUCAAUUGUGUGCCCGUGACCAAAGUAUUCAUCUGCUCCAAUUCAAAGAAUCUUUUUUCAUUGAUCCUUCUGCUUCUUUUGAGGAUUGUGAAAAUCCCAAGACAGAGUCAUGGAUAGAGGGCACAGAUUGCUGCUUGUGGGAUGGGGUGACUUGCGACAUCAAGAGUGGGCAAGUCAUUGGGCUUGACCUUGCCUGCAGCAUGCUUUAUGGCGCUCUCCAUUCCAAUAGCACUCUCUUCUCCCUUCAUCAUCUUCAAAAGCUCGACCUCUCUUACAAUGAUUUCAAUCUCUCUCAUAUUUCAUCUCAGUUUGGCCACUUUUCCAAUUUGACACAUCUUAACCUAAACUACUCGGGUUUUACUGGCCUAGUUCCAUCACAAAUCUCUCAUCUGUCCAAACUGGUUUCACUUGAUCUCUCUUAUAAUAACAAACUGGCACUAGAACCAAUUCCUUUUAACAAGCUUGUUCAAAACCUAACCAAGCUAAGAGAACUUCAUUUGAGCGAGGUAGACAUGUCAAUGGUUGUACCCAGUUUCUUGAUGAACCUUUCUUCUCCUUUGUCAUCACUCCAACUCGUUAGAUGUGGAUUGCAAGGGAAAUUACCAAGUAACGCUCAUGGGCUAUCAAACUUGCAGCUGCUUGAUUUAUCGGAGAACAUAGACCUUACUGGCUCUUUUCCACCAUUCAAUGUGAGUAAUGCUCUUUCAUACUUGGAUCUAUCAAUGACGGGGAUUUCAAUCCAUCUAGAACAUGAUCCAGUUAAUAAUUUGAAGUCGGUGAAGCAAUUGUAUCUUAGACAAUGCAAUUUUACUGGCUCAAAUCUACCACGGCUUGGCAACCUCACACAACUCACUGUGUUGGACAUUUCAUAUAACAACUUGAGUGGUCACAUCCCUUUCUCUAUAGGAAAACUUAAGCACCUCCAGACCUUGAAUCUCGGAUUCAACAAUUUUACAGGUCCGGUUCCAUCUGAUUUUGAGCAGCUCACUGAGUUGGAUUCACUUGAUCUCUCUGGGAACUCUUACCUGACACUAGAUUCAUCUUCUCUUAACAAGCUUGUUCAAAACCGAACCAAGUUAAGAAAACUCCUUUUGCGGUGGGUAAAUAUGUCUUUGGUUGUACCCAAUUCCUUGAAGAAUUUGUCGUCUUCUUUGUCAAUUCUUUCUUUCGGGAAUUGUGGGCUGCGAGGGGAAUUCCCAGCUAACAUCUUUCUCCUACCUAACCUUGAAUUUCUCAAUUUGGGGGGUAACGUAGGCCUCACAGGUUCUUUUCCUUCCUCCAAUGUGAGCAGUUCCCUCGAGGACUUGGCUCUUUUUGAUACGAAAAUCUCAAUUUCUAUCGACAAUGACUUUAUCAAUAAUCUAAAGUCGUUGAAAAAUCUGUAUCUCAGUAACUGUAACAUUAGCAAAAGAUCAAAUCUAGCCCUACUUGGUAACCUCACACAGCUUACUGCAUUAGAUCUCUCAUUUAAUAAUUUGAGUGGCCGCAUCCCGUCAUCUCUUGCAAACCUUGUGAAUCUCAAUUUGUUGGAUCUUAGUUCCAAUAAUUUCAAGGGUCAGAUUCCAGAUUUUUUGGGUAGCCUGACACAACUUCAACGUUUAUUUUUAUCAGAUAAUCAAUUGCUAGGCCCUAUCUCUCCUCAAAUAAGUAGCCUUUCAAAUCUAAUAGCUCUCAUGUUAUCUGAUAACUUGUUCACAGGCACAAUACCGUCCUUUUUGUUUUCUCGUCCCUCUCUGCAGUAUUUGGACCUCCGUAGUAACUUAUUCACUGGGAAUUUAAGUGAAUUCCAGUACAAUUCAUUAAUAUUGCUUGAUUUGAGCAAUAACCACUUGCAUGGCCCAAUUCCAAGUUCAGUUUUCAAUCAAGAGAACUUGAUGGUCCUUAAACUUGCAUCCAACAACAAGUUCACAGGAGAGAUUUCUUCUUCUGCUUGUAAGCUGACAGCCCUACAAGUCCUUGACUUGUCCAACAACAGCUUGAGUGGUUUUAUACCACAAUGUCUGGGGAACUUUAGCGACAGUCUCUCAGUGUUGCAUCUUGGCAUGAAUGAUCUCCAAGGCACAAUCCUUUCAAGGUUUUUGGUGGGGAAUAACUUGAGAUAUCUCAAUCUCAAUGGCAACGAAUUGGAAGGGGAAAUACCACCAUCUAUGAUCAACUGUACACAAUUGGAGGUUCUUGAUCUUGGCUUCAAUAAGAUAAAAGGCAAGUUCCCCUACUUUCUGGAUACGCUUCAAGAGCUACAGGUUCUUGUUCUAAAAUCCAACGAACUCCAUGGGUUUGUGAAAGGUCCGACGACCAACUACGCCUUUUCAAAACUAAGGAUUUUUGACAUCUCCAGCAAUAAUUUUAGUGGACCAUUGCCAACUGGGUAUUUCAAUGGUCUGGAAGCAAUGAAGACCUUGGAUCAAGAUAUGAUUUACAUGAAGGUUAGAAACAUCAGUUAUGAUUAUUCUGUAAAACUGACGUGGAAAGGGCUGGAAAUUGAGUUUGUGAAAAUUAGAAGUACCCUCGCAUUCAUUGAUUUGUCGCACAACAGUUUUAUUGGAGAGAUACCAGAGUCGAUUGGAAAGCUUAAUGCACUUCAACAGCUAAACUUCUCUCACAACUCCCUUACAGGAUAUAUUCAACCUUCAUUGGGGAAUUUGGCCAAUCUGGAAUCGUUAGAUCUCUCUUCAAAUUUGCUUACGGGAAGGAUUCCGAUGCAGUUGGCAGAUCUUACAUUUCUUAGUGUCCUAAACCUUUCACAUAACCAGCUAGAGGGACCCAUACCUAAAGGAAAGCAGUUCAACACGUUCAAUAAGGGCUCAUUCGAAGGAAACUCGGGCUUGUGUGGAUUUCAAAUCUCAAAGGAAUGCAAUAGUGGUGAGACACAACAACCACCACCAUCAAACUCCGAAGAAGGAGAUGAUUCAUCACUGUUUGGAGAUGGAUUUGGAUGGAAAGCAGUUGUGAUGGGGUAUGGAUGUGGAUUUGUGCUUGGAGCUACAGUGGGAUACAUAGUGUUUAGAACAAGAAAACCGGCAUGGUUUGUGAGGAUGGUCGAAGUUCAAUGGAAUCUGAAAACAAAAGGAAGAAAGAAGAAAGCUCACAGAAACGGUGCAAGAAGAAACUAACCGUUGAAGCAGGUAUUUUCAGCAGAACAGGCUAUUCAUUCAACCACUAGGGAAAUCUUUUACAAGAAUACAACGAAGUUCAUCUGGGUGGUUGUAAACCCAGUCAAGUAGACAUUUGAAACAUAUAGUCGCUCUGGCUUUCCACUCUGCGGCAACAUUUGCACUUCUACCCACCCGAGCUACUGUCACAAAUUGAUAGCGUGGAGCACUUGUUUCUCAUCAUCAGUUUAUACAAUCACUUGGCAAGUUGAAGACUGACUACCCAACGCAAAAUUCUACCUUAUGUGAUGCAUCGCCAAUAAUUAUAGCUGUGAUUUUCUACCAUGCGAAUAACAUUAGAAUGGAAGAUUCAAAGUGUUGGACCCAUCUUCCACUCUACAUCUGUUUUACUCUUCUGGUGUUAGGUUUUUUCUUUCUUUCCCUCCUUUUUCAAUGGUUUUCCUGCAAUGAUGAGUGUUGAUAAUGUGAAAAAAGAGUCAAUGUAUGCUUAAAACCGUUCUGUAAUAUAUAGUUAAUUUCAAGCAGCCUGAAUUUGGCAUGGUGCGAGAUUUAUAUUAUUGACAAAACAUCCGAUGUUCGACA